UCCGCCAACCCACCGCUGAAUGGCGAAAAUCGCGCAACUUUGCUUGGGAACACAGGAAAAAAAUACAAACUCAAACCUUUCCACAAGAGCGCUGAGAUAAAAAGAGUGAGUGCGAAAAAUCAAAAGCCGGUGCAGUCUCGGGUACAGUGCUAGCUUGUACGAUGAGAGAACUUUCUCGAAAGUCGUCUGAGCACGAAAGAGCGCCAGGCUAUGGAAUUCAGAUAGGAUAUCGAACCCUUUCCAUUCGCGUGGAAGAGAAGGACCUCCCUUCAAAGGCUAAGCAAUCAGCAGAUCCGGCAGAUGCCAUAGCUAGCAUCGACGUCCAUCUCAUCAGUACUGAUGAGGUGUACACUCGUUACUCUUGCCAUCCUACUGUCGGUCUCGAGCAGGCAGCUGUUCAACGAAGGUCCAAGGAUGCAAAGAAUGUCAUCAGCCCUCCCCCAACCCAACACUGGAAGAAGAUCCUCAACUACAUCUUUGGAGGCUUCAAUUUCCUCAUGUGGAUCGCGUUCAUUGUCACACUACUGUCGUACAAGCCCCUGGGAGAGCCUCACCCUGCGGUUGUCAACCUUGGUGUUGCAGUUCUGCUGAUGCUCGUCAUUAUCAUCUCAGCUACAUUCUACGCCUUCGUGGACUGGAAUGCUAGCCGAAUCAUGAAAUCCAUCAAGUCUCUUAUCGCGCAUGAGGCCGCUGUUAUCCGUGAUGGAAAGCAACAGCUCAUUCCUGCCACGGACAUCGUCGUCGGAGAUAUUGUAGUUCUCAGCACUGGCGAUCGAAUUCCUGCGGACCUAAGGAUCGUAGCGGCUUCGUCUGACUUGCGCUUUGACCGUUCACUACUCACUGGAGAAAGUGAUAUGGUCCCCGGUUCCCUCGAUGCCACAUCUGAUAACGCCCUGGAGACGCGCAACCUUGCUCUGACCUCGACCUUCGUGACUCAGGGUACCUGCAAUGGUGUCGUGUUCGCCACUGGGGACAGGACCGUCAUGGGACGCCUUGUCAAGAUGUCUGGCGAGACAAAAUUCAAGCUUACAACCAUUCAGAAAGAGAUCUGGUUUUUCACCAAGGUUAUCUCCACAGUCGCUUUCUCGAUGUUCAGUAUAUCCUUAUUGCUCUUCGGCGUGUGGUUGAGGACGAGCUAUCCUGGAUAUGAGAACAUCAGCAUAGCGAUCAUGAACUCGAUUGGUUGCCUUACGGCGUUCGUGCCUCAGGGACUACCCCUCUGUGUCGCCCUUUCGUUGACCAUCAUUGCCCGUCGCAUGUCGAAGCGCCAUGUUCUUGUGAAGAAUCUCGCAACGAUUGAAACGCUUGGAUGUAUGUCUGUUUUGUGCUCAGACAAAACUGGUACUCUGACUGCAGGCAAGAUGGCGGUCGAAUCAAUCGCCUUUUUGGAUCAUCAUCUUUUGAUCAGUGAAAUUGACGAGCAGAUCUCCGAAGCACCAGACCCUCGAUUAUUCGCUGGCUUGAGCGCUUUGCACCAGACCGCGCGGCUGUGUAACGGUGCAAAGUUCGACUCUGCGACUGCUGACAAGCCCAUUCACGAGCGGAACGUCAAAGGAGAUCCCACCGACACGGCCUUGCUUCGCUUUUCCGAGGGUCUGUCUAUUCCGGCCUUAGACAUUGAUACUUCAGCGCUGCUGUCAUCCUGGAGAAAGCUCUUUGAAAUUCCUUUCAAUUCAAAAAACAAGUGGAUGCUGAGCGUUGUUCAGGAGACUCAAACGACUGAAGGGGAUAUCACUGAGAAGGACUCGAGAGCAUGGAUGCUCGUGAAAGGUGCUCCAGACAUGCUGGUAAAAUCCUGCAGCACGGUAAUGAGGUCCGAUGGCACCGUUGUCCCGUUCGAUGAAGCGGCAAGGGAGCACAUAGCCGAUCUUCAAAGCAAUUGGUCGAGUGAAGGGCAGAGAGUCCUUGCCCUGUGUCGCAAGCCGCUGGAUGCCUUGAAACCGAACAUUUCUCCAAAUGACAUGGAGGAAUUGAUGUACUCGGAGAUAGCCAAUCUCACUUUGGUCGGACUGGUUGGUAUCCGCGAUCCGCCCCGUCCCGACGUGCUUCCAAGUGUGGGCAUUAUUCGUCGCGCCGGUGUCAGGGUUUUCAUGGUGACCGGAGACUUCAAGCUCACUGCUGUCGCAAUCGCACGCCAGGUCGGCAUCAUUACACAGCACUCCGUAGAUACCAUCGAUGACGUCAGGGCUUCAGCGUCCGAGAAGAACCUCACCGAUGUUCCAUUGCCCGCUAUUAAGCCUUCGGAAGACGAUCCUAUCCGGGCAUUGGUACUUACAGGAGAGGACGUCGGCACCCUUACCACCUUUGACUGGCACAUAAUCGUCGGGCAAUACACUGAAAUUGUGUUUGCCCGUACCACGCCUGAUCAAAAGAUGAAGAUUGUCGAGGAAAUCAAGGCCCGUGGCGACAAUACUGUGGCUGUAACUGGUGACGGUGUGAACGAUGCGCCCGCACUCAAAGCCGCUGACAUCGGUGUUGCGAUGGGGAGCGGUAGUGAUGUGGCGAAAGAAGCCGCUGCACUGAUCUUGUUGAACAAUGACUUUGCUUCUAUCCCAGUGGCAAUUGAGAUGGGUCGCCUGGUAUUCGAUAACCUCAAGAAAGUGACGCUUUACCUCAUGCCUGUUGGAAGUUACACAGAGUUCAUGGCAGUGGUUUCAAAUGUUGUCUUUGGAAUGCAAAUUCCUUUGAGCUCCUAUCUACAAGUUUGUUUCUCCAUCACAAAUGACGUGGCCAUGUCAAUCUCCUUGAUGUACGAGAAAGCUGAAUCAGAUCUCAUGAUGAGGAAGCCUCGUAAUGCUAGAACCGACCGCCUUACAGAUUGGAGACUGUUCUUCCAGAUCUACUUGUUCCUUGGACUCAUGGCCUGGCCGUGCGCGAUGAGCAUGUGGUUUGUAUAUAUGAGUCAGCAAGGCCUCGGAUUCCACGAUGUUUUCUUAGCCUAUAACAAAUGGGGAGAUGGCUAUCACGGCUACACACUUGAUCAGCUCACUCAAUUUGUUAACGUCGGGCAGUGCAUCUACUACGUGACGAUGGUCUUUAUGCAGUACGGAAAUCUCCUCGCCAUUCGAAACCGCAGGGUUUCCUUGCUCAAUUCUAACCCUCUAUGGGGACCUCGCAAGAAUAUUGCAGUUCCGAUCGGCAUGGUGGCGACUGCCUUGAUUGCGAUAACCAAUCUGUACGGACCAGGUUUACAGAAUGUGUUUUUGACGACCCCUAUACCUGGGAUGUUCUGGGGCCCUCCGUUCGCCUUUGGCUUGGGAAUUCUCUGCGUGGACGAAGUCCGCAAGCUGAUUGUGAGGUCCUAUCCAAGGUCUAUCGUUGCCAAAAUGGCUUGGUAACACCUUUGGUAUCUCCUGGUCUGGGAGAAUGUUACUUGUAUGGCAGCGUAGGAUCGGCAUUUGUGUCGUCUGAGCUGCCACACAACAAUACCCUUUUAUUAGUCAAACAGUAUAUAGCCUAGAAAUGAUAGCAAUUGAGAUUAUGAUAUGCGGAGGCAUCUCGCCGCCUGUAAAGUAUAAAAUAAAUCCAUGGAGUACAUACUUUCUAGAGCGGA